AAAACAAACUUACCACGUUCAAAUAUUCCCGCGCCGAAACUUGAAUUGCCUGGUCAUCAUGAAUCUUACAAUCCAUCUUAUGAAUAUCUUCUUGACGAUGCUGAAGUGGAAGCAUUGAAAGAAAAAAUGGAAUCUGAUUUUGACGAAAACGAACGUCAAACGAAAACGUUGUUUAUUCCAAAGAAAUAUUCGAGUCUUCGUCAAGUACCUGCUUAUGAUCAGUUUGUCUAUGAACGCUUUCAACGUUGUCUUGACCUUUAUCUCUGUCCAAGACAAAAACGCAUGAAAGCGAAUGUGACUGAUCUCAAUGAUCUUAUACCAGAUAAACCGAAACCACAAGAUUUACAUCCAUAUCCAUUGGUUCAAUCGUUAAUCUACGAAGGACAUAAAAGCAUUAUACGUUGUUUAUCUUGUCAUCCAUCGGGACAAUGGUUAGCAAGUGGAAGCGAUGAUUGUACUGUUCGAGUAUGGGAAAUCGCUACAACAAGAUGUAUGAAUGUCUUCACAUUCGAUAAACCUGUUGU